ACCAUUUCGGUUCGGGGGACAUCACAAGUAAACCACCUCGUCUAUACCGGAUACUAUUUAUACAGCUUGUAGCUGAAGACUCGAUCCUACAAUUGGUCAACCGGUCAGUUCAAUACAAGCUGUACCAAUUUCUUCUGUCACCUACCAAGGAAAAUGCAUCAUACUUGUUGCGAUGUCUUGAAGUCUUUGCUGGUCGAGAACUCUCCACUUCCUUGCAUUACACCUGACCCUGGUGUCUCAUCUGAAUGGCAGAAGACAGGCUGCUUCUAUAGCAUGCCCCAGAUUCGGCAUCGCCCUUGUUAUCCCCACCUCAAGCAUGACCUUCGCGAAGAACCUGGCAGACGGCGGGGAGAUAAAUGCUCUAAAUACUAUUCGCAAUACGGUGAAAAGAGGCUGACAGGAGGUUUGAUGUGUGCAUGGUGCACACACAGCAUAUGCUAUGGAUUCCAUUGCAUACCCCGAGGUGAGGGGCGAAACGAUGUUUUUUCGGCCAUCGUGACGCGUUGGCCAAAGGCCCCGAGAGUCGUUGUCUACGACUUUGCAUGUACUUUGGCACCUUACUGUCUAACUCGAGAACUGGAGUUCUUUGCAGAUACCCUCUUUGUGGUCGAUGGAUUUCAUGCUAAAGGGCAUACUAAGUGCUCGCCAGCUGUUUUUCUCACCAGCUACGCCAGCACGGACCCUCGACUCACACAAAUCAACUCUAGUGCCGCUGAAUGCGGCAAUAGCGCCUUGAAGCGAAUCCGAAAAUCUGUUAGCUACAUGUCGCAGGACCACGCAAUAUUGUAUACAAGAGUUUUUCUGGAACCGGUUGAGGAUCCGCAAGAUGAGGAAUAUUGAAGUUUGAUGGGUCGGUUUAUGGUUCGUGUAUCUUAUGCUGAUAUUGAUAGGGAGGGGCACUACCACAAACACUCCUAUAGUACAGUGUAAUCAGACAGCGUAAGAUAUCUAUACAAAGUUUAAAU